CAGUCAGUAUGCGGGCGUCGUGAAGGCAGCACGUUCGCCGGGCGAUCAAUGUUAUGUUAACCUGUUGAUCAACUUAUUGAGUUUUUAGUUCUCCGAUUCGCGAUAUUUGUGAUAAUAUUUUUGCAUAAUGGUGGGAAUAUCAUCUGCCCUGGUAUGGGCUAUCGUUUUGAAUCUCUGCACUUCGAAGGCCAACCCUCAAAAAAUUCAAAAGACGUUCACAUUAGAAGAGCUCGUUCCACUCCAAGCCGACUUCGCACCUGAAAGAGUAACUGUUCAGUUCAUAUCUGAUUCGGAGUAUAUUAUAGCUGAUCCUCGUGCUAUACACAAAAUUAACGCCAAAACUGACAUUGCUACCCAAUUACUGGAUGAAGCAGAUAUGGCAAAAUUAGCCAAAUACGGAGUGUCUUCAUUUUCAAACGAUCAAAAGUAUGUGCUUUUAGUAACGGAGCGUAAGAAGGUGUAUCGAUACUCAGUGUUGUCGAAAUAUUCGGUGUAUAACCUCGAAAGCAAAUCAAUUGGAAAAAUAGGUGAAGGGCUAUUACAAGUGGUCAUGUGGGACAACGGACACUCAAUAGCCUAUGUUCAGAAUAACAAUGUAUUUUAUGUUCCAAACGCGAAUGACACAGAUGUGGUGAUACCGUUAACAACUGAUGGAAUACCUGGAAAAGUGUACUAUGGUGUAGCUGAUUGGAUAUAUGAAGAGGAAAUAUUUAAUGCUGCAGAGGCAAUGUGGUUCUCCAAGAACGGAUCAUACUUAGCUGUGGCUUCAUUUAAUGAUACGUUGGUUGAGUCGGCUGUUUUUCCCUACUAUGGAGAUCCAAACGACUUUGAUAACCAAUAUCCUGAAAUGAUCACCUUCAAAUAUCCCAAGGCAGGUCGGAGAAAUCCCAACGUAGAGCUUCGAGUUUUUAAACUAAAAGAAUUGGAUGGUGAACCAAUGUAUAUUAAAGCUCCCGUGGACGUUGUAGGCAAUGACUACAUUUUAGGACGAGUGAAUUGGGCUAGCGACAAUAAUGUCAUUGUUCUCUGGUUGAAUAGAAGACAAAGUAUCAGUGUACUAAUGAACUGUGAUUUAAAAAAUAAUGCUUGCAAAGUUUUAAAGGAACAAUCCGAACCAAAUGGCUGGAUUGACAUUCGCGAGCCCCUAUUCGAUAGCAAUGGCACUAGAAUGAUUGAGAUUCAACCACAACUAUACGAGAACCAGAGAUACAUGCAUGUUACAUUGUUUGACUUUAAUACAUUAGAAACUAUUGAUUUGACGCCUGGAAAUUCAACAGUUACAGAUAUUUUGGGGUGGGAUUUAGAUAAAGAUAAAGUAUUCUUCAUUGCAUCUCCUGGACUAGAACCUUGGCAGCGUCAGUUAUGGUCAGUUUAUAACGGCACAAUAUUUUGUAUGACGUGUGCUCAAGCAGCUUGUCAUACUGUUGAAGGAAUGUUUUCUCCGGGUGGUAGCUUCGGUGUUUUAGCUUGCAGUGCUUUUAAUGUACCACCUGUAUCGUACUUUUAUGUGGCUGAGAACAAUGGAUUCAGACUAUUGACAGAUAAUGCAAGACUGGUUGAGAAAUUGAACGAAUACAAACUGCCAAUGGUAUUGUACAAUAAAAUGCCGAUACUAGACGGUGUUCAAGCACAUAUCAAACUACAAUUACCGCCUGUGAUGGAAGAUGGCAGAAAAUAUCCCAUGAUUGUAAGAGUAUACUCUGGUCCUGGGACAACUAGGGUGAAGGAUAAUUAUGAUUUAGAAUAUUAUAACAAGUAUCUUUCUGGAAAUCGCAGUUUCAUAGUAGCGUCCAUUGAUGUACGAGGCUCUGGUGUAAUGGGUGUUGAGUCAAUGCAUGCUCUAAAUAAAGCACUGGGAACUGCGGAGAUAACAGACACUCUUGAGACUAUUAGCCAUUUACUAAAAACGUACUCCUUCAUUGACCCUAAUCGAGUUGGAGUCUGGGGUUGGAGCUAUGGAGGCUAUGCGACCACUAUGAUGUUGGUGCAAGACGAUCAGAAACUUCUCGCUUGUGGCGCUGCUGUGGCCCCAGUUACAUCCUGGCUUUACUAUGACUCAAUAUAUACGGAACGAUACAUGGAUACGCCCCAAGAAAAUCUGGAAGGGUAUCAACGAGCGGAUCUAAUGUCGAAGGCAAACAAGAUGCGCGGCCGUAAGUUCCUCAUCGUGCAUGGUACCGGGGACGACAACGUGCAUUUUCAACACAGCAUCCAAUUUGCUAAGGAACUACAGAGGGCGGAUAUUGAUUUUGAACAAAUGACUUAUGCAGACGAGAAUCAUUCUCUACGGGGAGUGAGCCGACAUUUCUACCACACUCUGGACCGCUUUUGGAGUGAUUGUUUUAAUUUAUAAGUACAUACUUAGUAUUAGAUCGUAAAUGAAGACAUUGCUACAGAACUUACUACAGACUUAAACAUGACAAGCGUUUUUACUUCCAAGUGGUUGUGUACAAUCCCAAUUUGUGUUUCGUUUUCGGCUGAUGAUUUUACAUUUAUGACUUAACUAUGAUCAUCGGGUCAAUGAUAUCCUAGCCUAACCGCAAUCGCGGUACCAAAGGAAAAAUGUAUAAAUUACAAAUUUCUUUGCUUACUAUUAAAUAUUUAUAAUUUACUUUAUUACAGCAAAUUACAAUUAAGCUUUCUGGGUCACGAUUUUUAAUUUGCCUAUAGUUGGUAGGCACACGAAGCUCAACUACUAUCAGCGCCAAAAUGGCGAACAUCAAAAAUCAAGUUCUUAAGUAGCUUUAGUUUGUCCAGCUUGUAAGUAAAAUUAGUGAUUAGGGUGCAGCCAAUACUAUGUCUAUCCGUUUACUUUCUGUGAGACUGGAUUAUGGAGGGUAGAGGCAAGGAGAAUCAUUUGUGUAUAUGAAAAAGUAUCCGUCAAAAUGUCCAUUAAAUUAGAGUGUUGUGACAGUAGCAUCAGGGUAGAUAAAUCUUAAUAGAAGUGCCAAAUUUAAAAUAAUACUAAUCACUCUAGCUACACGUUUUCUCAUAAUAACUCUUCAGGUUAUAUUCACAACUUUAUUUUGUGCAACGUAAGUUGUUGAAAUUUUCACUGUUUAACUAUUUUAAUCGACAAUAAUAUAAGUUUUAUAGCUCGGCAUACUUCAUUACGUUUACAACAUUCACCAUACUUCAUACCAUACCCUGUACCUACACCAGCGCCAUUGUGGAAGGUUUUUGAACUGUUAUUUACUACACAGGCUGAACACAUUUUCAACUUUUCUCCCUUAAGAGCCUUGCCUCUACCCUACAUAGACUGGAUGUAUAAAGACAAAGAGAAUGUGUUUAAUAAUACGAUGUGAGCCACUAAUACAAAGAGGAUAUACCUAAUGCCUAGAAUAUAACUGAAUUCCGUUUGUCGCAAAUUCGUCCCUCCUAAGAAAUACUUUAGCUCAAAACGUAAUAUUUUUGGACAUGUCGGACUCAAUUUAAUUUUUUUUAUGAAAAUAAGGGACGAGACCAGCAGGAAGUUCAGCUGAUGGCAAUUGAUAAGCUCUGCCCAUUACAAUGCAGUGCAGCUUAGGAUUCUUGUAAAACCCAAAAAUUCUGAGUGGCACUACAAUUGCGCUCGUCACCUUGAGACAUAAGAUGUUAAGUCUCAUUUGCUUAGGAAUUUUACUAGCUGCGGCGCCCUUCAGACCGAAACACAGUAAUAUUUACACAUUACUGCUUCACGACAAAUAGGCGCCGUUGUGGUACCCAUAAUCUAGUCGGCAUCCUGUGCAAAGGAGCCUCCCACUGGCAAAUCUGUGUGUUUUACAUAAAUCUGUAUGUUAUAAGUGAUGACAAUCAACGGGAUUCGAUAGAUAGCACAGAAAUAUUUUAUUUAUUUAUUAUUCAGAAUCAUAGGCAUCACCAAUCAUAGUCGCAUCCAUUGUGUCUGAUAAAUAAGUUUUCAGUCAUGAUGGUUUGUCAUUGUAAUGCUGUAAUAAAUAUAAUUAGUAAUGUAUUAUAACAUGUCUUAGCUAAUACAGAAAUCCGUCGUAGUUGUUUGAAGUGCUAGCCAAUCAUUAAUUUACCAUGGUCAAAGAUCAACAUAGGAUACCCACAUUUUACCGUCAAACAAAACAACGAAAAAGUUGCAGUUAGAAGUGGCACGUUUAUUGCCACUCUUAAACCAAACAAUAACAGGCAUUACACAAUAGUUUUACAUAAAGCAUGUUAGAUGAUGCAGCGAAAUUAUGAAUGGCUGUAAUAAUUAUAUAGAUUAUUUUAUGACGCCUUGUCUAAAUAAUAUUAUUAUUCA